AUCCCCAGUCGGUUCUGCCGCAAGCCCUGUGAGCCAGCGCUGUCCGGGGCUGGAGGAAGGGAUAACCAGGCCGGAUUAAGUGGGCCCACCCCUUCUGUGACUGAAUGAGACAGAAAAGACCUUUCAGCGCCGCUGACAGGGACAGAGGCAGAGUUACCCGGAGCUCUCUGUUUUGUCGACUAAAGUUUCAGGGAAUUAAUAAUUCAGUAAAUACUUGGAAACGCAAAACCUCCGGUGGGUUGCUGCGGCCAUCUGCGUGGGGCUCGCGGGCAGCCCGUUCUUCCUGAGACGGAUGUAAUUGAAGCGCUGUGCCCGCCCUCUCCUUGGGCAUUGUCUCUCCUUCAUGCCGGUCCCCAACAGGCCCGGCAGUAUCGGCCGUUCUCAGAGCUGGGAUGCUGCUGGCUGGUAUGACAGCAACUGGGGAAAUGAUGGCGCCCUGGACUACCCACGACUGCCAGCCAGCAGAAGGAGCUCCCUGACUCCCAGCAGCGAGCAUGCCUGGUAUGAGCAGCCCAGCCCCCAGGGCCCUGAGCUCAUGCUGCAUGGAGGGCCAGAGCUGAGGCAGGAGCCACACCUGUACCAGGACGCAGCAUUCGGGGCCGCUCCCCCGAGGAAGAGCUCUGCUCCCGAGUUUGUCUAUUACGACAGCAGACAGGUAGCAAUGUCGGGGCGGAGCUCACUGCCCUCCCAUGACUUCUAUGGUGACCCCUCCCUAGCCGCCAGGAGAUCCCCGAAAGAGCCUCCCUACUUUAGGGACCAAAUGGUUAACAGGCCAGGGCUGAAUUAUGGGAUAGCCGGAAGCCGAUUGGUGUGGGAUCAGAUACAAGGUCGGUCACCUGCCGCUCACGAAGCCAGUCGCCUCUACCGAGAUCCUGUGGGUAAAAUGAUCCCCGAGGGCCCGAGAAUCCGCAGCCAUGAUCCUUCUCUCUCCAGGUAUGGGGCUGAGCCGCCACCUCUUCUGAGGUAUGGGAUGGAGGCCCCAGUUUAUUCUGGUCGGCACCUCCUGAACGAUGUGGGUGCCAGGCCUCUCGAGCCCCCUCCCGGUGCCAGGCAGACAGCGCCAACAUGCUUAGUGGUUGACCCCGGCAUGUCCGCCGGGGCCGAGGGGAGCGCGGAGCCCUCGGCAGGCCCCCUGAGCCAGACCUAUGGCCCAGGCCAGGAAGCACUGAAUGCCAAGAUGGCCUAUGGGGUGCCUCCGCCGGCCCCUGCGUCGGCAGCUUUCUCUGGGCAGGACAGCAAGAGGACUGUGGAACCCGAGUUCCUGGCCCUCCUGAGGACAGAAGGCGUGUCCGAGAGCACCGUCCGUGCCUUGCUUCAGCAGGGGUUUGAUUGCCCCAGUGUGCUGGCUGUGAUGGAGGAAAAUGAUAUCAGAUCCGUGGCCCCCAACCUGGGUCAGGCUCGUGUGCUUUCCCGGCUGGCCGGUCAAUGCCGGGCAGAGCUGCAGCUGCAGCGGCAGGACCGCAAGGGCCCCUCCUCACGUCCCAGGACCCGUUCCAACAGCUUCAGUCAUCGUAACGAUCUGUCCUACGACUGCUUGGGCCAGCCCGGCCCGGGCGUCCUUGUGGCUGCGGAUGCCGGGCAGCCUCAGUCCACUUUCCCGAUGCAGACAGCCCCGCCCCGAGCAGAAGCGACUCGUAGACCCUCCAGUGCACCAUCUCAGCACCUUCUAGAGACUGCCACCUACUCUGCAGCCGGCAUGACCCAUCCAAACCCCCAUUUCCCGCCCAACCCUGGAUACAAUUCUCCUGUGCCAUGCACCGUGAAUGCCCGCUUGGGGCCAUCUUACUCUCCCCAGGCUGGCAUAGCCAUGACUACCACGGUACAAAACAGCCACCUCCACCCCAGUCCCAAGACCGCCUAUUCUACCGCUUACACAGUGCCCAUGGAACUAAUGAAACGGGAGCGGGCCACUGCCACGUCUCCCCUGCACAGCCCCCAUGGCAGCCCCCAGCUCCUGCGGAAGCCAGCCGCUCAGAUGGAUGCCACGUUGCCACCGCAGGCGAGCCAGAGCCUCCACACUCCUCACUCACCGUACCAGAAGGUGGUCAGGCGCACGGGAGCCCCCAUCAUUGUGUCCACCAUGAUCUCACCCGAACAAAGUAUCCGCCCCCAAAUCAUGAAUGGCCCCCUGCACCCCCGACCCCUGGUGGCCCUGCUCGAUGGGCGAGACUGUACCGUGGAGAUGCCCAUUUUGAAAGACUUAGCCACAGUGGCUUUUUGUGACGCACAAUCAACUCAGGAGAUCCAUGAAAAGGUAUUAAAUGAAGCCGUCGGAGCCAUGAUGUACCACACGAUCACCCUCACGCGGGAAGACCUAGAGAAGUUCAAGGCCUUACGGGUCAUCGUGCGCAUUGGGAGCGGUUACGAUAACAUCGACAUCAAGGCGGCUGGAGAGCUUGGAAUAGCCGUGUGUAACAUCCCCUCGGCGGCCGUGGAAGAGACAGCCGACUCUACCAUAUGCCACAUUCUCAACCUCUACCGGCGAAACACCUGGUUGUACCAAGCCCUGCGGGAGGGCACGCGGGUCCAGAGCGUGGAGCAGAUCCGGGAAGUGGCCUCGGGAGCGGCCCGCAUCCGAGGAGAGACGCUCGGCCUCAUCGGCUUCGGUCGCACCGGGCAGGCCGUCGCCGUCCGAGCCAAGGCCUUUGGCUUCAGUGUCAUCUUCUACGACCCCUACUUGCAGGACGGCAUCGAGCGGUCGCUGGGCGUUCAGCGGAUCUACACCCUCCAGGACCUGCUCUACCAGAGCGACUGUGUGUCUCUGCACUGUAACCUCAACGAACACAAUCACCACCUGAUCAAUGACUUCACCAUCAAGCAGAUGAGGCAAGGCGCAUUCCUGGUGAACGCGGCCCGUGGCGGGCUGGUGGACGAGAAGGCCCUGGCCCAGGCCCUCAAAGAGGGGAGGAUACGAGGGGCGGCACUGGACGUGCACGAAUCAGAACCUUUUAGUUUUGCUCAGGGUCCACUGAAAGAUGCACCAAAUUUAAUUUGUACGCCGCACACAGCUUGGUAUAGUGAGCAGGCCUCACUAGAGAUGAGGGAGGCAGCUGCAACGGAAAUUCGCCGAGCAAUCACAGGUCGCAUCCCAGACAGCUUAAGAAACUGCGUCAAUAAGGAAUUCUUUGUCACCUCUGCUCCCUGGUCGGUAAUAGAUCAACAGGCAAUUCAUCCAGAGCUCAAUGGUGCCACCUACAGAUACCCGCCUGGCAUAGUCAGUGUCACACCUGGAGGAAUUCCUGCAGCCAUGGAAGGCAUUAUUCCAGGAGGCAUUCCCGUCACUCAUAAUCUUCCAACAGUGGCGCAUCCUUCCCAAGCUCCCUCUCCUAACCAGCCCACAAAACAUGGGGACAAUAGAGAGCAUCCCAAUGAGCAAUAGCAGAUAAUUUAAUGAGGAUAAUCACUUGCAUAAACUUGGGACCAAGAAACUGAAUAAACAUGAACUACGAGAAAAGGAAUUCGAUGCAGAAUUCACAACAUGGAUUUUGGACUGAUGCAUCACGGAUGUCAGUGUUAAAAGAGCAGAUCCAAAGGCAAGACGGGGAGAACCACCCGGAAGUCAAUGCCUCUGCUUACGAGUGCUGGAGAGCUAGGACGUGAUAACAUUAACAAUCAACUUCUGUUACUGUGUGUUGUUUUUUUCAUCUGUGCACCAAUCACAAGAAUAAAUAGAUCUUUUUCCUUUCUCAAAUCCCUUGGGAAUAGCAGGUCCUGAACAUCUGCUUCAGAAUGUUGCAUCAAGAGAUCCAACCAUCAGAAUAUGAAAUUGCAGAGAGGAAACCUGAUCACAGGACUGCAGCCUCUUCUGUCCACAUGUGGCUGGUUGCCUCUUUGGUUAGGAGGAUAAACUAUCAGAGAUGAGGAGAAAAUUGUUUUCCUAUGUUAGACACUACAAAGCAUAAGAUACUGAAGAUACUCAAGUUUCCUGUGUACAGUGAAACCUAUUUCUCCCUCAUCUGAACUAUAUAUACACACAUACCCUGAGCGGUUGGCUGUAAGCUCAGUAAAACCCUCUAAUGAUGCAAAAAAAAAAAAAGAAAAAAGAAAAAAAAGAAAAAAAGUAUUAAAUUUCACACGCUGUUUGUACUCAAAUAUAUUUUCUCAGUUUCAGAUCCUCAGCUAUUUUAUUGAGUGGAAAGUCUUGAGCUGAAAGAGCUCAAGAAGAAUAAUGUUGCAUUUCCUUAUGUCUCAGGAAACACUUUUUAUGGUAAUUUGUCAGAUUGUCUAUGAACAAAACCCACUUUUUUAGACAUUGAUAAAAGUCUUCUUUUCUUCACGUGAUAUUUUAUACAAGAACACUUCCAAUGUGUUAUUAGGUGUGACUGAUUUUAACAAAUCCGAUUAGAUUUGUAUCAACUAGUUACAUGUUAUAUUCAUAGUCUUUUGUGAACCAUCGCCUUUUUGUUUAAAAAGAUGGCCUGUUUUGAGCCUUUGUAGAGGUACAUUCCUGUUUCUGUGACAAAACGAAAUCUUGAAAACUGUCCCAAACAGAAAACCAAGAAUGGCUGUCAACAAGCAGUAUGUUUUGUUUUAGUGUGUUCCCCGUUCUUGUAUUUGUUUAUGGUAAAAGUGGACAUUUAGCGUUCAGUGCAGUUUUCAAUAAAAAGUGAUCAAAACUUCUGUUAAGUUCUGGAAUUCAAGCCCCUUGGGGCCACUUGAACUUAGAGAAAAAAUGCUGGUGUUCCAACCCUUUCCUGUCCCUUAACAAAAGGCCUUGGCCCAGAUCAUGGAGCAUUCCAGUGACCACUGGAAUCAGCUGUUAAGUAAGGAUGCAGGACAGACAGACCCUUCUGGACCUCACAGAGCUCUCUACACAGUUACAGACAUUACCAGGUUUGCUAUAAAACUUAGGAGCAUUUAAAUUGAACCUCUCAGGUAGUGUUGUCACUGAAAUGACCUUUAACUUCUAUGCUGUUCUUCAGAUGAAAUGAUCAUCUUCAAGGUAUUUUAACAUUAAAUAUUCAUAAAUUUCUACUUCUGGUUUUAAAAUUUGCCCCAAAUUACCUGUUUUGUAAACACAACAGAGCCAUGAAAAAAGUACUUUAUUAUCCACCAUUUAUUAUCAAAAUGAUUUACGAUCUCGCUGUGGCCUUUUUUUCUUCCAGGAAGAUUGACUUUGAAAUACCUUAGGGAAGCGGGAUAGA